AUGGCCUUGGGGAACCACAGCACCAUCACCAAGUUCCUCCUCCUUGGGCUGUCUGCCAACCCCUACGUUCAGGCUCUGCUCUUUGUGCUGUUCCUGGGGAUUUGCCUCCUGACCAUAAUGGGGAACCUGAUGCUGCUGGUGGUGAUCAGGGCUGAUUCUCGUCUCCACACGCCCAUGUAUUUCUUCCUGAGUCACCUCUCUUUUGUUGACUUCUGCUUCUCUUUGGUCAUUGUGCCCAAGAUGCUGGAGAACUUCCUGUCACAAAGCAAAACCAUUUCAGUAGAGGGCUGCCUGGCUCAGGUCUUCUUUGUGUUUGUCACUGCAAGGACUGAAACCUGCCUUCUCUCAGGAAUGGCCUAUGACCACUAUGCUGCCAUCUGCCGCCCACUGCUUUAUGGACAGAUCAUGGGUAAACAACUGUAUAAGCACCUUGUGUGGGGCUCAUGAGGACUGGGCUUUCUGGACGCACUCGUCAAUGUCCUCCUAGCUGUAAACAUGGUCUUCUGUGAAGCCAAAAUCAUUCACCACUACAGCUGUGAGAUGCCAUCUCUCCUCCCUCUGUCCUGCUCUGAUAUCUCCAGAAACCUCAUCGCCUUGCUCUGCUCCACUCUCCUGCAUGGGCUGGGAACCUUCCUUUUGGUCUUCUUAUCCUACUCCCAUAUAAUCUCUACCAUUCUAAGCAUCAGCUCUACCUCGGGCAGAAGCGAGGCCUUCACCUGCUCUGCCCACCUCACGGCAGUGAUACUUUACUAUGGCUCAGCUUUGCUCUGCCAUCUCAUGCCAAACUCAGAUUCCCCCAUAGAGUUGAUCUUCUCUGUGCAGUAUAUUAUACUCACUCCCAUGCUGAAUCCCCUCAUCUAUAGCCUGAAAAAUAAGGAAGUGAAGGGGGAAAGAAGCCUCCGGGACAGCAGUGAUUUGCCUCUGCUGCACAAAGGCCAGGCCAGGUGGAACAGACCAGCCUUCACCGAAGGCCUCAGGGAGCCCGGAGCCCCGGAGUCAAGCGUUUGGGUCACGCCUCAACCCCGAGGGGCCUGCGCAUGCUCCGCGCUGCACGCGGCGCCCAAGGCCCUGCAGUGAUCCGCAGGAGCCCCGGGAUAGAGAAACCCACAUGAAAACACAAGCCUGGUGAGAUGUUGGCCUCCUCCUCUGCUACCCGCGCCGCCACCUCUACACGCACCAAGCCCUCUGUCCCGGAGAAGUCGUAUUUGGUCUCCCUCGAUGGACGAGACCCAGACCAUGCAGGCACCAUGAUCCCGGCGCUGCCUCCCGGGGACCCGCCGCUCAUCCUGGAGCAGCUCAGGAGCCGGGGCCCGUUUGGCAGCUUCCGCCAGUGCUGCGUGGCCCCCAUAGACCCCAAGCCAGCUUACCAAAAUCAAGGCAGAAGGCCGAGCAUUCGGUGUCCGUACACCUGGACAAGCAGGAAUGGAAUCCUAGAUGCGCAAAAACUGAUUGCGAAGUGGCCUGAGGCAGAGCGCUUUUCAGGCAGGGACGUUGAAAGCUGGAUUUGACAGGG